ACAAGGAAAGAAAGACAUUGUUUAACCAAAAAGAUGAGUGGAAUAAAACACGGAAGGGUGUACACAAACGGAAUAUGGAUGCACAUAGCAGAGAAAGGGGAAGGCCCGGGACCACUGGUGCUGCUCAUCCAUGGCUUUCCUGAGCUCUGGUCAUGUUGGAAUCAUCAAAUAACUAGCUUGGCCGAACAUGGUUUUCGUGUCGUUGCGCCGGAUAUGCGAGGCUAUGGAGAUUCAGAUUGUCCCAAGGAUCCAUCUUCUUACACACUUCUUCACACCGUUGGAGAUCUGAUUGGCCUUCUUGAUGAGCUAGGACAAAAGGAGGCAUUUGUGGUAGGGCAUGACUGGGGUGCAGAAAUUGCAUGGCACCUUUGCCUUUUCAGGCCAGAUAGAGUUAAAGCACUCGUCAAUUUAGGCAUCCCAUACAGGCCACGUUCCCCAAAGAUCAAACCUCUUGAAUUCAUGACCAAAGUUUUUGGAGAAGGAUUGUACAUUCACCAAUUUCAGGAACCAGGAAGGGCAGAGAAGUCAUUUUCCAAACAUGAUUGCUUAACCAUACUGAAGAAGUUUUUACUGAUUAAUGGACCUGAUCCUCUAGCUGCUCCUCCUGGUGUGGAGAUCAUAGAUUUUCUUGAAACCCCAUCUUCAUUGCCUCCAUGGAUUACCGAGGAAGAGCUUCAAUUUUGCGCAUCCAAGUUUCAAAAGUCCGGUUUUACCGGGGCAUUGAACUAUUAUCGCGCCAUGGACAUGAACUGGGAAGUGUGUGGACCAUGGCAGGGAGCAAAAAUUAGUGUCCCAACAAAGUUGAUAGUAGGUGACGAGGACAUGGGAUUUCAGUCAUUUGGAACAAAGGAUUACAUAGAGGGAGAAGAUUUCAAGAAGCUUGUACCAAAUGUUGAAGUGAAAGUCAUUGAUGGACACCAUUUUAUCCAGCAAGAGAAAGCUGAACAAGUUACAAAUGAAAUCUUAUCCUUCUUCAAAAAGAUAUCUUCUUCUUAAUUAAAAAAGAAAAAAAAAAAAAAAAA